UGCCACUGUGGCGAUGGCUCCACGGCUUCUCCUGACUGGCUGCAUGACCCCGGCGGCUCCUUCUGGCAACAUCAUGACAACAGAGAAGAGUUUAGUGACUGAGGCUGAAAAUUCACAACACCAACAGCAGAAGGAAGAGGGUGAGGGAGCUACAAACUCAGGCCAACAAGAAACUCAGCUGGAAGAGGCUUCCCAAGCAGCCGCUGAGGGAGAUAAUCAGUGUGAGCAGAAGCUGAAAACAUCUAAUGGAGACACUCCUACACGUGAAGACUUGACCAAGAACAAGGAGCGGACGUCAGAAAACAGGGGCCUGUCACGGCUGUUCUCCUCAUUUCUCAAAAGGCCUAAAUCUCAGGUGUCUGAGGAAGAAGGCAAAGAGGUAGAGUCAGCUAAAGAGAAAGGUGAAGGAGGUCAGAAAGAAAUAGAAUUUGCAACCAAUCUUGAUGAAGAGAUUAUUCUGAAGGCCCCAAUUGCAGCUCCUGAACCUGAACUCAAAACAGACCCAUCCUUGGAUCUUCACUCAUUAAGCAGUGCAGAAACACAGCCUGCUCAGGAAGAACGCAGAGAAGAUCCAGAUUUUGAAACUAAGGAAGAAGGAGGAGUUGAAGAGUGCUCUAAAACCGAAGUGAAAGAAGAAAGUCCUGAAUCAAAAGCAGAAAGAGAAAUAAAAGUUUCCCAGAAAUCAAUCAGAAGACACAGAAACAUGCAUUGCAAGGUUUCUUUGUUGGAUGAUACAGUUUAUGAAUGUGUUGUGGAAAAACAUGCAAAAGGACAAGAUUUGCUUAAACGAGUGUGUGAGCACCUCAACCUUUUGGAAGAAGACUACUUUGGUCUAGCCAUUUGGGAUAACGAAACCUCCAAGACAUGGCUGGACUCUGCCAAAGAAAUAAAAAAGCAGGUUCGUGGUGUCCCUUGGAAUUUCACAUUUAAUGUAAAGUUUUAUCCACCUGACCCAGCACAGUUAACAGAAGAUAUAACAAGAUAUUAUUUAUGUCUUCAACUUCGGCAGGACAUAGUUGCAGGACGUCUGCCUUGUUCCUUUGCAACCUUAGCAUUAUUAGGUUCUUAUACCAUCCAGUCUGAGCUGGGUGACUAUGACCCAGAACUCCAUGGUGCGGAUUAUGUUAGUGAUUUUAAACUGGCCCCAAAUCAGACCAAGGAACUUGAAGAGAAGGUCAUGGAACUACAUAAAUCAUACAGGUCCAUGACUCCAGCUCAAGCUGACCUGGAAUUUCUUGAGAAUGCCAAAAAGUUGUCUAUGUAUGGUGUUGACCUUCAUAAAGCAAAGGACUUGGAGGGAGUGGAUAUCAUCCUAGGCGUCUGCUCCAGUGGCCUUCUGGUUUACAAAGAUAAACUGAGAAUUAACCGCUUUCCUUGGCCCAAAGUGCUGAAGAUUUCUUAUAAACGGAGCAGCUUUUUCAUCAAGAUUCGUCCUGGAGAGCAAGAACAAUAUGAAAGUACCAUUGGAUUCAAACUUCCCAGCUACCGAGCAGCUAAGAAAUUAUGGAAAGUCUGUGUAGAGCAUCAUACAUUUUUCAGACUGACAUCUACAGACACCAUUCCUAAAAGCAAAUUUCUUGCACUGGGAUCCAAAUUUCGAUACAGUGGUCGAACUCAGGCUCAGACCAGGCAAGCUAGUGCUCUGAUUGACAGGCCUGCUCCUCACUUUGAGCGUACAGCAAGCAAGCGGGCAUCCCGGAGCCUUGACGGAGCGGCUGUCGAUUCAACAGACCGAAGUCCUCGGCCCACUUCUGCACCAGCCAUUGCUCAGAGUCAGGACACAGAAGGUAGAGUGCCAGGUGCACCUGCUAAGAAAACAGGGGUUUCUAAAGAACAGAAGGAAACAGUACAGGUGGAAGUAGAAAAGGAAGACGUGCCACCUGAGCAAGCUGAGCUAGCAUCCACAGAAAUUUGGAAGGUGGAAAAAACCCACAUCGAGGUCACAGUACCCACCUCAAAUGGUGACCAAACACAGAAGCUUGCAGAAAAAACUGAAGAUCUGAUAAGAAUGAGGAAGAAAAAGAGAGAGAGACUAGAUGGUGAAAACAUUUAUAUCAGACAUAGCAAUUUAAUGUUGGAGGAUUUAGACAAAAGUCAAGAAGAGAUCAAGAAACAUCAUGCCAGCAUCAGUGAGCUGAAAAAGAACUUCAUGGAAUCUGUACCAGAACCACGGCCUAGUGAAUGGGACAAACGCUUAUCUACUCACUCUCCAUUCCGAUCACUUAACAUCAAUGGCCAAAUCCCCACAGGAGAAGGAGUGAAGAAAACCUCUAUCCUUCCCUCGGAAAGAAAGAAUAUAAAUGGCAUUCGCACAGAGGAGGCGGCUGCCGUGACAAAGGGGCCAUCUACCAGCCCUGACUCUGAAUGGGAGGGCCCCAAGCAUUCAGUAAUUCCUAGUAAGAGCCAAAUGACCACCCCGUCGGAGUCUCCACAAAGCUUUGAUUUUGGCUCCCUCUCCAUAAGCAGCAAGGAGACAGAAGAGAAGGAGCAGGGGGAAGCUGACUAUCUUGAUAUUAAGGAAAUGUCAAGAGGCUCAAGUGGGGACUGUAUAGGAGUGGAGGAACAGGCCAGUGCCUUAAAGUUCUCAGUAUCACCAGCUUCCUCUCAGCUGCAACUUGGUGAAAAAGAGGCAAAGAGUAGUGAAGAACAUGUUACACCAGGAGAGCCACUUGGGAAGCAAAAUGGAUCAUUUCUUGACUCUUGUGUGGGUACCCAGUUCCCCACCCUCAUUCGAAGUUUCCAGCCUCCCCUGGUGAAGACUCAGACCGUCACCAUCUCAGAUACUGCCAAUGCUGUGAAAAGUGAAAUCCCAACCAAAGACGUCCCUAUUGUCCACACCGAGACCAAGACCAUCACCUAUGAGGCUGCUCAGACCGAUGACAGCAAUGGGGACUUGGACCCAGGAGUCUUGCUGACAGCUCAGACCAUCACAUCUGAGACCACUAGCAGCACCACCACAACUCAGAUUACCAAGACUGUAAAAGGUGGGAUAUCAGAGACCCGGAUUGAAAAGAGAAUUGUGAUCACAGGAGAUGCCGACAUUGACCAUGAUCAGGUCCUCGUACAGGCCAUCAAGGAGGCAAAGGAGCAGCACCCAGACAUGUCAGUGACCAAGGUGGUCGUCCAUCAGGAGACCGAAAUCUCUGAGGACUGAGCUCAGGAAUCAUUUACCCCCAAUUCCCUGCCCGUCUCCCAUCCAAGAGAAAUGAUAAAGAAGCUAAACUGCAAUAGUCAGACUUCAGACUUUCAAGAUUAUUAUAAACCACCAGAAAAUUAAUUUCAUUUUCUAUUUGGAGUUUAUACCAACAGAGUCUUCUAGACAUCACCGAUCCUUUUGAAUGCCUUUUUCUAUAUUGUGAUACCAGAAAUUGUUCAACUUUUCACUGUCUGGACUGUUUUUAAAGAGCUUUUGGGUUUUUUAUGGGGUGGUUUGUAAUCCCCUCCAUCUAGCCUCUCCCCGUUAAUUUCCAACCCAGAUGCUGACAGGGCCCACAGAAUUCUUCUGGAAAUCCUCCAAAGACUCUGUCAGCUAUGUUGGGGGCCAAAGCCAGCUUAAUGGGGCUGCCCUGCUCCUUUCCUAGUUUUUAUACCCUUUGGAUGACAGCAGAAACUUCAAAAACCAGCCCUUUCUGAGAGCCAAUCAUGUGACUUCACCAGAAUGUCAGGCAGGGUGCUGCCCUGAUCCACAGACCCCAGGAAAGUGUCCCUGUCCAUUUGUAGAGGGUGGUUUUGGUGAGGCAGAGACCUCUGCUAAGAAUGUAGUAUUACUUUUCCUUCCUCCCUCCUGUUCUUUCUUUUCGGAGCUUCUUUAGAUCAAAGAUGUGAGAUGUUGCUCAGCUAUAUCUGAUACUGUGAAUGUUUUAAAAGAUCCGUGGCCUUCACCUUCCUGCGCCCCCUUCCUUUUACCUCAUCAGAAAUAGUGGCUCUGCUGAGUGCUCCCCCCACCUCCCAUCUCAGGAGACCAAAACUCACGGAAAAAUAGGCACUUUUGGCCAAAAGCACUAAUGGCACAUUUUUAGUGAUGAUUUGGGCAAAGAAAGUGAAUGAGGUUUUUGAAAGGUUUUCUAGUUCUGGGAAUGUGCACUUCACAGAACGGUGGGCUUUACCUCAGUCAGAUCCUGCUAAGAAGUAUUUCCAGGUGACCAUCCCUGGGCCUCUUCUUUAAACCUGGGAAGCUAAGGAGUGUGGCUCAGAGAGGAGAGAGUGUUCCCCUCCCUGUCUUCUUACACCAGCACCUGCCUGCAGGCACCCUUUGGGGGCAAGGGAAUUGGCUUUUAGGGGCUAUUCUUCCCACAAGACCCCAUGUGCCAAGGGGCACAAGCACCAGCUCUGCUCAUUCUCACUCACCAUCUGAGGUCUGGCAGGUUUUGUAGGCUUGAUUUUUAUGGUGGAUUUGAGUUUAAUUCUUUUGGCUUGGUUUUGAAAAUGAAGGUUGAUGUCCCAAAUCCACCAUUCCUGGUACAGGUACGGUAUUUUUAUUCCGUAGGGCUCCUCUAAUCGUCCAACUUGCCUCUCACAGACAGAUCUGCCUGGAAGUUCUUAGAAUCCUAAUUCUGGGACAGAAGUGAAUUCAGAGACAGACGGUGGGUCAGAGCCCACAGCCACUGGGGGCUGCAGGGCCGCGAGCAAGAGAAGUCUAACCGCUCUUACUCCUCUGCCCCCCACAGCGGGGGCCGGCGGCGUGUCUAAAGUGUCUGCUGGCUGAGUUUUGUUCAGACAGACUCAGCUGGUUUGAACUUACUUCAGGUGUGUGCAUUUUCCUUUUAGUAACCAUGUGAGAUUGUUAUUAAGCAGAAUGCCGCUCUCUCUGGGGAGGUACAGGAAGAGCUCAGGUGGGACAUGUGACAGGCUUGGGGAGAUUGUCCUGUCUCAGGAACAGACUUGGAGCCUGUGGGCAUAGGUCUGAAUGUUGAUGGGGCUUUCUGGUUGGUGCCCAGGCCUGGAUGGUCCAGUUCACAUCAAACAAGCAUACUGGCUCACUUUCCCAGUGGCCGGCUGUCCUGGUGAAAGCCACUGUGGCUCCCAAAGCUGCACUUGUGGAAUGAAAGAGGGUCGGGGAGAGGAGGAAGGCAUAGCAAGCGCAUUAGAAAUCUGGCGCACUGAAUGUUCUGUGCUAUCCAGAUCAGUGUGGCAGCUUUCAGAGCAAAGGACCACAAAUCAGGGGCCUCACCUUUCCCUCAGCUCUGUCACCAACUUGCUAUACUUCUUGCUGCUUCCUUGUCUAUCAACUGGACCAGAAGAUCUAUAACGCCCUUUUAGCCCUGAAGAGUCGUGAUGUGGACAAGCUAGUAUGAGGGGGGUCCUUCCAAGCCUCUUUCCCUUUCCUCCUUCUCUGGCAACAGAUCCCGGGGUUUGGCAAUAGUUUGGAUUUUUUCUUCUUCCUGCAAAGGGGGUGUGUGUGUGUGUGUGUGUGUGUGUGCGCGCGCGCGAAGAAAAACAGGCUCUGUCCAGGUGGGAGAAGGGAGGGGGGGACUUGGCAGCAGUUUUCCUAAAGUGACUCAGACAUACCACAGUAACAACUUUCAUUGCGAUUUUAUUUUUAUUUCACUUGAGAAAUAAAGACUUCCUCUUAGCCGCAUGAGGUCUCUGCCACCCACCCACUCACCAAGCUGGACCUGCAUUUAUAAGCUGAGGGCCCACAAAGCCUGGCUGCAGGGACCUGUCAGGGCACCUUCGCCGCCCUUCCCAGGCCCUCCGCCGUGUGUUCUGCAGGGCAGCUGAGGGUGAGGGGACAACAGCCGCCUUGGGAAAUGGAGCCAGAGCUAUGGCCUGACCAACACCGAGGAAUGAUCAUAGGAAAUAUCUGCCCAGGAUCUCAGCCCCAGGCUGGUGGUUUUACAAAUCUCUCUCAAAUGUAUUAUUUUGGUGAGAAAAAUGAAGGAGCUUUGUAAAAUUUUUAAAAAUUAUGAAUCAUAUCAAGUAGUUUACAUUUCUUGACAAAAUAGGAACUAUGGCAGCAGAAUCAAAUUGGCAAAAUCCUUAGAUUAAAUAGGCAAUAAUUAGGUCUGCUGUUCUGGCCUUUCGUAGUAAGAGAAGUGGCUGUAGUGUUUAGAUAUGUGUUUGGUCUUGCUUCUUGUACUGCAUUUUUUCAAUAAACUUUAAAAAAAAAAAAAAAAGGACUGAAUCUGUGAGGAUUGAUCAGCUUUUAAAGUUCUCUUCC